AUGGUCGUCAUGAUUGUUUUGCUGAUUUUCAUCAAACCACAUCUGACAUUCUCAUUCGAUUCUGGCGGCUUAGUCAAACCAACCGUUAAAGGAAAUCCGGCGGUUCUUCAUAAUUGUACUGAUGAUCAGGAUUCGAUUAUGCAGCAAUGCUAUUUGGAUUUGUUUUCAGCGUAUGGUAUGAAUUUCACAAGUCUUCCAGGCGGCUCAGAAGACCCGUUCUCGAAAAUCCGAUAUGACAAUGUGAAUAUGUGCAAAAAUUUUGCCAAUUUAAUGGAAUGCCAUUCGGACGUGAUCGACAAUUGUCUCAAUUUCAACACAUUCUACGUUAUUCUAAAAACCGACGACGAUGCUGAUUACUACAUCUCACAAACCGCGUUCCUAAAAUUCUAUUGCGAUUACGGACGAGAUUUCAUCAAUUAUUAUGAAUGUAUGCAAAGAAUUGAGGACGACGUACUCGCCAACACGAUUUACACCGAAUGCACCGUUCUCGAAGUUGGAUCCUGUGGAUCCGUCUCUCUAUCAACGCAAUGCGAGAGUGCCGUUGUUCGAAAAACGUGCUCCGACUCAACUGUCCAUUCUUAUUGUCAAUAUCAAAAGAUUUUAAUGGGGAUGACCGGUUGGAAUCACUGUGAUUAUAUGCCUUGCAUCAAUAACUCGUUCAAAUCUCACUACCUCUUGUUUCUUAUGUUAUUGAUUUCAAUGUGUUUAUAA